AUGACUAAUAAUUGUGAACAACGAUCUAUUUCUGUAAAUAAAAUAUCAAAGGUUUCAAAAGAACCCAUUUCUGAAAAUUUCGACAUGUCAGACGAAUUCACGGUUGAAAAUAUGAGUACGAAUGAAAAUGAACAAACUACAUCUCAAAGUGUCAACACUAUGGGUUGCGAGGAUGCCCUUGAAGUUAAUUCUGAAUUAAUUAUACCUCAAAAAGAUUAUGAUCCAAGUUUCGUUAUCACUCCUACUUUAAACUCGUUUCAAAGUGAUGCAGCAGAGGUACCAUUCACCAUUAGUGAAAAUAUCUGUUUUCACUUGUAUCAAUGUUAUUUGCAUUCAAAAUUUUGUGACAUUGAACUUCAAGUACCUUACGUCCAAGAUAAUUCAAUCAAAGUUCAUGCAAUUAUUUUAUCUCGUUCUCAAUAUUUGAAGAAAUUAAUCGAGACCGAUGGACCUAUCAUCGUAAUGGACGUUGAUGAUCCCAACAUGAAUCAAGAAGCAUUGUACAUUUGUAUCGGUCAUCUCUAUACACCCCAUUAUAACUGUGUUACUUCUUCUAAUGUGCGCUACGUCUUAGCUACUGCUUAUCAUUUUGAAUUGAAGGAUUUGUGUGACUUUGCUAGAGAUUUUAUAAAGAAUAUCUUGAAUCCAUACAACAUUUUAGUUAUUGGACAAUGGCUAGAAAACAGUAUUACAUAUGGUGAAUAUUCUGAGGAAAUUAAAAAUUCUAUUUUCGAUUACUUGGCUGUAAGCUUACCUACCGAUUUACAAGUUUUUCCGGAAAAAAGUAUAUAUCAAAUAAUGAAAGAUGGUAUUGGAGAUAUUGAUUCAUCAUUCCCUAAUUCUGGAUAUUACAAACUUGUGGACAUUUAUGCACUUUUACCAUUUAACUGGUUCAAACGUGUUGUAGAAUCUGAUAAAUUCUCUUGUCCAACUGAUCUCGAUAGAUACCAUUUUGCUCGACAAGUCAUUAGUGCUCGUGCGAAAAGAUAUGCAACAGAGGAUCGGCCUAAGCAAUACGAAGCCGUAUUUAUGAGUUUUGGUUCGGAUUGCCCUAUUUUAGUAACCAAUGAGAAGUCUUGA